AUGUUGUGUCCCCUCUCGCAGGUCCGCAAGGCGAUCCGUCCCUGGACGCCGCGCAAGUCCCUGCAGCCCGGCACGGUGCUCAUCCUACUCGCCGGGCGCUUCCGCGGCAAGCGCGUGAUCCUCCUCAAGACCCUUGACCAGGGCGUCCUCCUCGUCACCGGCCCCUUCAAGAUCAACGGCGUGCCCAUCCGGAGGGUCAACUCGCGAUACGUCAUCGCCACCUCCUACAAGAUUGACCUCGACGGUCUAGAGCAGAGCAAGGUCGACGAGGUCGCGCAGGUCCAGUACUUCGCCCGGGACAAGGCCAAGGAGAAGGCUAGCGAGGACGCCUUCUUCAAGCAGGGCGACAAGGCACAGAAGAAGGAGAUCAGCACCAGCCGAGCGGCGGACCAGAAGACCAUCGACAAGCCCCUGAUCGCCAACAUCAAGAAGGUAGACCUCCUCGCCAGCUACCUCGCCAGCUCCUUCAGCCUCCGAAAGGGCGACAAGCCCCACGAGAUGAAGUGGUAG